GAACGGUGGAAUAGGGAGCGCGGCUGGGAGCGCACCGGGAACUGGGGACGCGGCGAAAAUAUCCACCAUGAGGGCUAAAGAUCCACCGAAUCCGUUGCUGCCCCGGCUCCAUCGUAGCGUUGUAAACUAAAUUUGGCUAUGGCGUCACUCAACCUCGCCUACCAAGCUUAAUGCGCUUUCACUACAUUUUACCAACCUUCACGAAGCUCGUGGCGAGUGUCACGACUCACAUUCAUACAAGCGUGCGGGAACUUCAGCAGGAGAGUGUGAGUCGACGAGCUAGAGAAGGAGUUCACUUUGUUUCUGGAUAUUUGGAGCUGAUUUGAUAAUGUCUGGAUGAAUUGCGUUCGGUAUUUGCUUCUGCUUCGAGACCAGUGUGGAUGAUAGAAGUUGAAGUGUUGCGACGAAGGAGCGCAUUGGUUGAUCGGGAGUAUCUUGAAUGAUGACUGGAUUUUUGAUGCUAGGAUGUAGUUUUACGUCAGGAUACGAGGGGAUACUUGGCAGGCUAGGGAAUUAGAUUGGAGCUUUUAGUUAGAUUGCUCACUCGUUCGGUAUUGUUAUCCCUUUGAUCGCGUCAGAUCUGGCUCUGGAAGUAGGAGCGGAGGAGGCUCUGAUUGUUUGCGUUCUGGUCGAACAGUUUUGGUGGAGCGAGGGCGAAGUGGAAGGGGUUUGAACGGUGGCAUAGUUGUUGGAUUUUGAUUCUUGUUUCUCGUUUAUAAUUUUAUUCAAUUUAAUAUUCUAGGAGGUACGAUCUUUGCAGCGAUGGCGGAAUGGCAGGAGAAAGUGCAGUCUAUGAUCAUAGGUUUUGUGUUUGCGUUCAUGGUGAUGAAGCUUGUCUCAAUGAUAUCUUCCUUCCGAGCUGCAAAUUUGCGGGUGACACGAGGAUCAAAUGAGGAGGGAACGCUUGGUCCGGUUGUAGAACUGGGUGACGAACAAAGUGUUCCUCUUGUCGGUACUGACGAGGAAGUAGAACUCGACGGUGGUGAAGAAAAAGAGGAUCGCGCAUCUGUUCCCUCUUCCUCUUCGUCUGAGUCUGAGUCCGAGAAUGAUGCUGCACCAGCCUCUAAGCCUCGUGAAAUUGACAAUACCGACGAGGUCGGUGAUUCCAAAGGUGAAUCUAAGGAUGAGGGGGUAGAAUCUCAGAACCACGAGGAAGUAGAAGAGAUCUUUACACCAGGAGCUCAAUCUUAGAAAGCCCAGAUAUUCGACAACUCGUGAAAGCAUGUGGGAAGCAUAUCAUUAAAUAGGGCUCUCCCAAGUACAGGGCUCGUUAGAUCUAGGGAAUAGGUGGACUCUGCAGCAUCAGUAUCUCGUUUUGAUGUACCUUGUCUGAAACACCUACGUUUUUUUCUUUUCUUUUUUUUGUUUCUAGUUGGGGGAAGGGGGUCGGUGUGUGUGAUCCAAAGAUCUGCAGAGGUGUGAGUAGUUUUAUGCGUGAUUUCAUCGGCAACUUCUGCUGCUUCAGGAGCAUUCCAGUUUCUAUAACAUUAAGUAGCUUUUACGAAGUGGUUUCCAUCACAUUUUUUGUAAUUAGCUGCUCUAUGUUGAUAUCGUUCCAUCUUUGCAUACUGCGGACUUUCUUUUCUUGGUUCAAUAAAUUUGCAGAAAAUUGCUAGAUUGUUUCACAA